GCAGUGACGGUGUUAAGAUGAGGAACUUUAAGAACUCCUUGAUGUGGUACUUUUUUUCCGCGUGCAUCUGUAGUACAUACGCGCAGAUUCUCGGAUCGCAACCGCAAUUCGCCCCAAACACCGAUCGAAAUCAACAGCUUUCUCCCCAGCAGCAAGGACAAAUACUGAGCGACAUUCAACAACACCACAGAUUCGACUUGGCACAAAACCAGCAACACUUCCAACCCCAACACUUUCGCCUUUCCCAGAAUGUAUUCACUCCCAUCAACCCCACCAUUCAAUCCACCCAGCAAACAGAGCUUUCAAACUACCAGUUGCAACAGCAGCAAUUCGGCAUAAACAGCCAAGAAACCUUUGGUCAGAAAGAAUUUUUGAACACUCUACCACUGGUCAACUCUUUGCCCGGUAACAUCGUGCCUACCCCACAACAAUCCUUCCAGCAGUUGACUUCGCCUACCGUGCAGACAAACAACCAGAUUGUCUUCCCAACUAGCCAAAGUAUCAAUACCGGAAACACCGUCAUACAGCACCAUACACAGACUAAUUUUCAACCUGCCUAUUCCUUUGGUCGGUCAAGAAAUAUCCAGCAGCAAGAGAACACUCCUAGACCAACUACAGACCCAAUUGCUUUGAUAGAACAACAAAUAAGAUCUCUGGAUCCCGAGAAGAACAAGCAGAAAAUAAAGGAGUUGAAAGAAAAGCAGGCCAUAAUAGAGAAGCACAAUCAAUUCGUUGAGAAACAGUACGAGAAGUCUUUGAAAAAAGCUCAAGAGGAACACGAAGAGUUCAUAAAAAAACAACAGGAACAGAAGAGAAAGUUAUACCAAAGAGUUUACGAAUCUGCUGGGGAUGAUAACGCGCGAAAUUUCCAAUCCAGCCGUACCAGGGUAAUCUAUCCAGACGAAGUGGGUCUUUUCGAGCAGGCUGUGAAGCAGUACUACCUAGAACAUCCAACUACCACAACAACCACAACUACCACAACCCCCAAACCUUCCAGUGCUACUAAAAAUGGUAACAGAGUGAUAAAACUAUCUUCUUCGUUCGCCCCAACUGCGCUACCCCAGACAAAAGUUAAAACUAUCCAGUCUUUGGAAGACUUGGACCAACUGCAGAAGCAAUACCGAUCGCAGAGGAUCCGCAAAGACGACUUGCUGGAGCAGCUUCGUUUGGCAAUUGGGAAAAGCCAAGAGGGUGAGCCGGAGAAGAACCUUUCCUCCAGGGAAAUAUCUUUGGCUAGUGGCAAGAAGGUGCAGCUCAUCACCGCUGAUGACUCCACCAAGAUUCCUAAAGGUAAAGAGGAAGAAAUAACUCUGCCGGAUGGAAAGAAGGUCACUGUCAUUAGAGCUGAUGAUCCCAACAACAAAAGCGAUGAAGAGGUAGUUUUGCCAAGCGGUCAUCAAGUUCAAAUUAUAAGAACUACCGACCCCAAAUCGAUUCCCUUUGGAGACUCGGACGGGCCUCAAGAGAUAACGCUUCCAAACGGGCAGAAGGCACAACUAGUAAAGUCUACAGGUUCAAAACCCACACCGUCCACACCUGCUGUGUUCAAAACUGAGGAAAUAACGUUACCUAACGGGGAAAAAGUGGAGGUGAUAAAAACUUCGGAUCCUAGUUUGGUUCCUGGAGGAGUCCAGCUCGAACCAGGUAGCGAUUUAGAAAAACUGGUUCUGUCGAGAACAACUACCACAACUACUAUUAAACCUCCAAAGGAAAUUCUGCAGGAACUCACCAAAAACGUGCCUUCGAACGAGUAUGAAAUUUUGAAGACCGGGGCUAGCGGUAGUUUGGAAUCCAUCGGCAACAAUCUUCCGAAAGAAAAGAAGGUCACCUUCGUGCUUUUGGAAGAGCAAAGCGAUGGUACGUUGAAGGUUCAGGGAAUCAAAGGGAAUGGCAAAGACAAACCGGACGUAGACGUAGAUUCUAUUCUGAAGAAAAUCAAGCAAGGCGAGAUCAAACUGCCCAAUACCCAGACGGUUAACACGACCACCACAAGGCAGCCGAAAAUCGUGACCACCUAUCGACCAAGUGUGUCUGUUACUGUCACUCCGAACUCUUUUGCCACAGAGGAAGAAGACGAUGAACCGCUGUCGACUCUGAGAACUUUCAACUCUGAAGAUGACGCAAAUGUACCAAUUUUGAAAACCAAUAUCGGAACUCAGUUCGUGGCAUCUUCAACACCUGCUACAUCUUUUUUUACCGAGCAGUACUCGCCAAUCAUCACCUCUACGGUUUCACCUCCGACAAGAAAAGUAUCCAGGACUCCUCGCAUCCUGAAUAGUCGUCCAGGAGACCAACUGAAUCAGGCCUCUAGUGUGUCUUCGUCAAACCAAAACUCAAUAAACACCUCCCCGAAACCUACAUACUCGACAACGUCUUCGGUGAGCAUCCAGCAAAGCAUCUCGCAUGAGAGCGUUUUCCCCACUCAGGAAACUUUUACCACAACAGCUCCAAAAGCUCUGGAGCUUCCAGACAUCUUGAAGAAGAACGGAUUGUACGCCAUGGCUAAGUUCUUGCGGCAGUCUGGUUUGGAUACGAUUUUGAACGAAACAGGACCUUAUACGGUGUUCGUACCCAGCGACAAAGCAUUCAGGACUCUGUUGAUUCAACUUGGAGGGCCUGAAAGGGCAGAGGAGAAGUUCAAGGAUAAUCCAAGACUGCUGAGUGGGCUUCUUUUGCAUCACGUCAUACCCGGAUCGUUCAAGGUAGAGUCGCUACAAGAUGAAAUGACUGGUGUAUCAUUGGCUGGAACGCAAUUGAGGGUCAAUCAGUACGACAUGCACGACAUAGAAUGGAAUGACAUCAAAAUUUUUUGGGCUGUAACUACUGUAAAUGGGGCCCAAAUAUCGGAUGAGAGAAAAGACAUAAAAAUUCCUCAAGGGGUAGCACACGCCGUAGAUAGGGUGAUGUUUCCCUUGCCUGUUGGUGACAUCGUACAAACUCUGCAGUCAGACAGAGAGAGAAGAUUCACUAGUUUCUUGAGAGCAGUUUUCGCUUCCGGACUCAACGAAAUGUUGCAAGGUACCAAAACAUUCACCCUGUUUGCCCCAACCGAAAAAGCUUUUGCAGGAUUGUCUUCCGCAGAUCUCAGCAAAAUCGUUACAGAUAAAGUAUUAUCGAGAGAGCUGGUACUUAGGCAUCUAUUGUCGGGUACUCUGUACACUAACGGCAUGCGGUACUACCAAAUCAAAGAUAGUUUGUUGCAAGACAAACAGCUCACGUUUAGUAAACAGUCGGGGAAAGUAAAAGUGAACAACUACCAGCUUGUAACUCAGAAUAUUCCAACGACGAACGGUGUUAUACAUGCGAUAGAUUCCCUACUCUGACGUGUCUUUGCCUGGCUUUAAUUUAUUUACCCAUCAUCAGUGUCACUGCAUACUUUGAUACAUCAAAAAUUGGAUGUAUACAGUGUGUGGAAGCAAUAAUAGGACCUUAAUGGGAAUUGAAGAUAAAGGGGAAAUUAUUUAUUGUUCAAAUGGUUGUUAGAGUAAACGGUUUUUAUUGUUGUUCUCAGAUCAUUUUCAGUCGACUCAUAUUUGUUUUUCUCACUUAUUUUUCUCGUGUUCAAGUUUUGUUGGUGUGUCAAUUUCUUUUAAGACUAAAUUUUGUGCAAAUCUCUACACAAAAAAAGAAUCAUCGUACAUCUUAAAUUAAAGAUAUGUAUUUUAUUUAAUUUAGGUUAAGAACUGUACAUUUUAUUGUAAUAUAUUUUAUUUUAAAUAUUA